AGCGGAGCGGGACUACAGCAGCCGCUCUCGCUGGAGUAGCGAAUCCAGUCAAACAGGGAAUAAAGAGCCGAUCUAUGGCAUCCACCAGCUCCUGUUCACAACACGGACAGCGCUUUGCAGUAGCGAAGUACUUCUAUCAAUUCAUAGACGCCACCUCGUAGACCACAAAGGCGCUACUGUUCGGAGCUAGCACCAUACUUUUUCUCCAGUAUGGAGUGAAAUAAUAGCGUUUUUCUUGUGAAGGAGAGAAUUCUAGUUAAAGCGCCGUUGAAAAACAAGGACAAACAUUGGGCUUCAGCUUUGCCGCGGCCAGCUUUUUAGCGAGAGCGCCGAUACAGACAAACUCUCCUUCGACUGCAGUCUGCCCAUGUCCAACUGUGACUGAACGCGCUCCUCUGGCACAGUGACUGCACAGCUCAGCUGGUGGACUGCGGCGUGGGAAGCAGCACUGCUUGGCAAGGCUGAGCUCUCUCCUGUCGACGAAGGACAUUGCGGAGCAGAGGACUUCCUCUUCUUGUUGUGAUGUGCUUCAGCAGUGUCCCCCAGGGGCUGUGUAAGGCCAGCUCCAGAUCCCUCUAAGGCGAAGCGUGCCCCCUGGAGAUGUCUCGCCACCACAACCGCUUCGAGAGGGACUUCCGCGGCACGUGGGAGAGGCGGGAACGUUGUGCCGUCCCCAACACCGCCUGCAGCACCGCCAACACCUGCGGCGUUGCCACGGGGCCCACCAACAACCGGCCCGGGCUCCUCCCCCUUCCCAUCAUCCCCUCGCUGCUGCCCACGCCUGUCUCUGUCGCCACGGCUGCCACCAGCGGCAACGAGCUGGCCUGCAAGCGGGCGGGCCCCGGCUCCACCACCUGCAGCUCGAUGGUCUCCACACUGUUGCCGGGUAACAGUCACAACCCUGGUCAGAUCUUGGCGCCGGUGAUUCGAUGGGGUCAGACGCCUAUCAACCAGUCCACGCCCUGGGAGACUGACGAGCCACCCACCAAACAGAUCCGUGAAAACGAUGGCACAGGUCCGCCGUGGGUUUCCCCGGUAGCAGCUGCCAGCCAGGCAGGCCUCCGCGCCCACUCGUACGGCCUGGCCCCGCCCCCGGUGUACACCCCCGGAGUGACGGCCCAGUCGCCCAUCGUGGGCGUGACCCCCGGCAUCCCGCCCGCCAUGCCCCCACAGCACCCGCUCAUGACCGCCCACUUCCAGCUGCCCCCGCCCCCCCCUCAGACCCUCGCCGGGGCGGUGUUGAACCACCCGGGCCACCCCGCCCUGGCCACGCCUCCCCUGACCCCCGUCUGCCGCGUCACUCACCCCGCCGCCAUGGGCAACGGUCACAUGACCCACCCCCCCAUGCAGCCGCCGGCCGCCCCGCCCUCCGCCGCCCCGCUGACCAACGGGCAGACAGUUCCUCCGCCCCCUCCCGUCGCCGCGGCCAGUCAGGAGAGCGCGAACGGGCCGCAGAUGCUGCGCACCGUGGGGAUGGGGAAGUAUGAAUUCACGGACCCCUGGCACCCCAAAGAGAUGUUGAAGGAAUUGAACCAUCAACGCAGAGCGAAAGAAUUUACAGACCUGAAAAUUAUUGUUGAAGGCAAAGAGUUUGAAGUCCACCAAAAUGUUCUAGCUUCCUGCAGCUUGUAUUUCAAGGACCUGGUCAAAAGGUCGUCGGGGGAGGGGAGAGGGGGCGAGAAGCUGGAACUCUCGAUGACCAACAUCGGCGCCGACGUUCUGGAGCUGCUGCUCGAAUUUGUGUACACGGGCUCGCUCAUCAUCGAUUCGGCCAACGCCAAAACCCUCCUGGAGGCCGCCAACAAGUUCCAGUUCAACACCUUCUGCAAGGUCUGCGUGUCCUUCUUGGAGAAGCAGCUGACCGCCGGGAACUGCCUGGGAGUGCUGGCCAUGGCGGAGGCCAUGCAGUGCACCGAGCUGCACAGCAUGGCCAAGGCCUACGCCCUGCAGAACUUUCCGGAAGUGGCUGGCCAAGACGAGAUCCUCCGCAUCUCCAAGGACGACUUCAUCAGCUACCUGUCCAAUGACAGCCUCAACACCAAGGCAGAGGAGCUGGUCUACGAGACUGUCAUCAAGUGGAUCAAGAAGGACCCCACCAACCGAGGCCAGCAUGCGUCUGAGUUGUUAGCUGUGGUGCGGUUGCCCUUCAUCCACCCCAGUUACUUGCUGAAUGUGGUGGAUAAUGAAGACCUAAUAAAGUCUUCAGAGGCCUGCAGGGACCUGGUCAAUGAGGCCAAACGCUACCACAUGCUGCCACAUGCCCGCCAAGACAUGCAGACGCCUCGAACCCGGCCCAGGCUAUCCGCAGGUGUGGCGGAGGUGAUCGUGCUGGUGGGGGGCCGGCAGGUGAUCGGGAUGAACCAGCGCUCCCUGACGGCGGUCACCUGCUUCAACCCGCAGAACAACAAGUGGUACCCUCUGGCCAGCCUGCCCUUCUACGACCGGGAGCUCUUCAGCGUGGUUUCCGCGGGCGAUAACAUCUACCUGUCAGGUGGGAUGGAGUCUGGAGUCAUGGUGUCGGACGUCUGGUGCUACAUGUCCCUGCUUGACAACUGGAACUUGGUGUCCCGCAUGACCAUCCCCCGGUGUCGCCACAACAGCCUGGUCUACGACGGGAAGCUCUACGCCAUUGCCGGCCUGGGGGUAGCAGGAAGUCUGGACCACGUGGAGAGGUAUGAUACCAUCACAAACCAAUGGGAGACGGUUUCGCCGCUGCCCAAGCCAGUGCACUCGGCAGCUGCCACGGUGUGCGGGGGGAAGAUUUACGUGUUCGGGGGGGUGAAUGAGGCGGGGCGCUCCGCUGGAGUCCUUCAGUCCUUCGAACCCCAGACCAACGCUUGGAGCUUCAUCGAGUCACCCAUGAUCGAUAACAAAUAUGCCCCCGCCGUGACUCUUAACGGUUUUAUCUACAUACUGGGUGGAGCCUACGCCCGAGCCACCACCAUCUACGACCCUGAGAGAGGCAACAUCAAGGCUGGACCAAACAUGAACCACUCCAGGCAGUUCUGCAGUGCGGCGAUCAUGGAUGGAAAGAUCUACGCAACCGGCGGGGUGGUGAGCAGCGAGGGCCCGGCCCUGGGAAACAUGGAGACCUUUGACCCCAGCACCAACUCGUGGACGCUUCUCCAGGGCAUGCCCUGCCCGCUGUUCCGCCACGGUUGCGUCACCAUCAAGAAGUACAUCCAGAGCGGGUGACCCCGCCCCGGUCACGCGGCCGCCGUCCGGAACAGACGACUCGGUCUCUGUCACACAACCCACGUUCAGAGUGGCCCAUCCUAUGAAUGACAUCCAGAGUGGCUUACUCAAACCUGCCCUCUCCAUCACACGACACGCCAUCCAGAGUGUAAGACUCCGCCCCCAUCGCGACUGGACCACGGCCCCCCUCCCCACACUGACCGCCCCUCCCGCACACAGACGUUUGAGUGUUACCUCUCCUCUCCUAAUGGCGUUCCCUGUGCCUCGGCUGUAUGAUAUAGUGACCCUUCUCCUACCAGACCUGCGGGCAGAGCAGUGCCGCUUGGCCUACAGCCAGCCAUCUGUACCAUUGAAGCCCUCCAGCUUUUUCCAUUUGGUUUCGCUCACUUUAGGCCUGGCGUUUCCAGGGUUGAGGGCAUUCUACGGAGAAGUAGAAGUUCCCCACUUAAUGACUAACUCAACGGACUGCAGAUAAAUCGCAGGCCUGUUACACAACAUAAAGGCGCCAAUUAACCUGUUCCUAGGAGAGGUAGGUUGGCAGGUUUAAAAAAUGAGCCAUUUUGAGGUACCUGUUAAGCACAGUAUGGCCUCCUCUGCAGACAGAAUGGGAGCCCCUUCCUUUACGUACUGCUGCAGAGCCGUAAUGGCGGUGCUGCUGCAGACCAGAACAGGUUUGUCCCAUUAAAUGACCUUAGCAAACGGGCGAGGCCAUUUUGGGCCAGGGUGGGGGCUUCCUGAUUUGGACAUGAACACGUGGAUCACCCCUUCCAUGCCAAAGCACAAAUACCCUGAGGUUCAAAGGGGUCUGUUGUGUUGUCUUUUUAUUUUUAAUGUCUGACCCCGCGGGCUGGGUGGGUGC